GAGCAGAGUUUCAGGGAAAAGAUGGACACCUACUACCAAGUCGCGUACACCAACACCAGUAAGGCUAACGCCAAAUACUACCUCUUCAUCUCUUCGGGUAAAUUAGACGAGUUCCGCAAGCUCGACACAGCAAAUGGCGCGGGGGGAGAUAUCUUGUUCAAUGGUAUGAACCGGUUCCUUGUAUACCACCAAAGCGAUCGAGUUGUCAUGAAACAGGUAUGUGAUCCGUGA